AUGUCCGAACCCCCCGCCAAGAAGAAGUGCAUGGGCGCCGAUUGCGAGAAUGAAGCUGGAUCGCUGCAGUGCCCAACCUGCCUGAAGCUCGGCAUCAAGGACAGCUUCUUCUGCUCCCAGGAUUGCUUCAAGAAGAACUGGGGCAUCCAUAAGACCAUCCACAAGUCGCAAAGUAAUAUCCUCCACCACUUCAUGGCUCCGAAAGCAAUCUCACCAGAUCCAGCUACCGGCUACUACAACCCGUUCCCCAACUUUCCCUACUCCGGCUCUCUGCGACCCGUCUAUCCUCUCUCCCCGCAUAGAACCCUCCCCAAGUCGAUUCCUCACCCCGUGUGGUGGCAAGAUGGCGACCCCAAGUACAGCCGCUCCCUCAGCAGCCGCAACAAGAUCGACAUUCUCGACAAGGCUGGACAGGAUGCUAUGCGAAAGAGCUGCAUGCUUGCGCGAGAGGUCCUCGACAUUGCUGCCGCCGCCGCGAAGCCUGGUGUGACGACCGAUUACAUCGACGAGAUUGUUCACAAGGCCUGUAUCGAGCGAAACUCGUAUCCUUCUCCCCUGAACUACAACCACUUCCCCAAGUCAUGCUGUACAUCCGUCAACGAAGUCAUCUGCCACGGUAUCCCCGAUCAGCGUGUUCUCCUCGACGGCGAUAUUCUCAACAUCGACAUUUCCCUCUACCACGAAGGCUACCACGCCGAUUUGAACGAGACAUACUACAUUGGUGACCGGGCCAAGGCGGACCCUGACACCGUCCGUGUCGUCGAGACGGCACGAGAGUGCUUGGAAGAGUCCAUCAAGGCUGUGAAGCCCGGUACCCUGAUCCGGGAGUUUGGAAACAUCAUCGAGAAGCACGCCAAGAAGAGAAACUGCAGUGUCAUCCGAACCUACUGCGGCCACGGAGUCGGCAAGCUGUUCCACUGCCCUCCCAACGUCCCACACUACGCCAAGAACAAGACAGUCGGCGAAUGCAAGCCUGGAAUGACCUUUACUAUCGAGCCCAUGAUUGCGCUGGGCAAGUACCGAGACAUUACGUGGCCGGACAACUGGACCAGCACAACCAUUGACGGAAAGCUGACGGCUCAGUUUGAGCACACUCUUCUUGUGACGGAAGACGGUGUCGAGGUGUUGACGGCGAGAAAGCCAGACUCUCCUGGUGGCCCUAUCCCAAUGCCUGGCACAGAAAAUGGGGAGGCGGCAGCAUAA